UUUGGGGUUGAUGUCACGUUUACUAGUACAUAUGGUAUUGUGUUUCAGUACUGUAGUAUGGAAUUCUCAAACAUUCUUUAGCUGUAACUUUGGACUAUUUAGCUACCGUUUGUGAGCGUGGUGCACUCUUAUUGGAGCAUGGUGCACUCUUACUGGAGCGUGGUGCACUCUUACUGGAGCGUGGCGCAGUGUCACAUUGGCACGCUGUAGUGAGAACCUUGGGUAUGUGACAUCUGUAUCUUCUUGAAAUUGGGCAGACAGCACAAACAUUAGCCUGAUUAGGUGAUGACCAUAUUCUGUGCUGACCCCAACUUUCUGUGGCAUCAUCAUAUGUGUGGUCUCUCUGUCUGCAAUGUAGUACAUUUGCAUUCACUCGUUAUCCAUGCGCCUAUCGUGUGAUGGCUCCAUUUCUAGUAUAAGAUUUACUACUUGUGGACUUCUGAUGUGUCAUGUCUCGUGAUAACUAAAUUGCAACAAUGAGAUGUCUAUUUUAUGAAAACGUUUUAGCUCAUGAAGGUACACUAGACACUUAGAAGGUAAAGCUGUUUUUGUUGAAUUUUUGCAUGCAAAUUUUUUUGAGUUGCCAUGUACGUGUUGUGUACAAUGUCUAGCUGUAGUAGUGUAGUUACAAAUGCCCGUAGUAAAUGUAGUUUAUCUUCUUGUUUUAAGAAUUAUGAUCGCUUGAAUGUUCGUACAUCUCAUUACACACCUUUGGCUUGUGGCUGCUCACCUCUGAAACGUCCUGUACAUGAAUAUGUUCGAAGUGGUUUUAUUAAUCUUGACAAGCCAGCCAACCCAUCAUCACAUGAGGUUGUAGCUUGGGUUCGACGGAUACUUCGUGUGGAGAAAACUGGACACAGUGGGACAUUAGAUCCCAAGGUGACUGGAUGUCUUAUCGUGUGCAUUGCACGAGCAACACGACUAGUUAAGUCACAACAAGGAGCUGGCAAAGAAUAUGUAGGCGUAAUACGUUUACAUGGACCUGUAGAGAGUGAGGCAAAAGUAGCACGAGUAAUUGAAACUCUUACUGGUGCAUUGUUUCAACGGCCACCAUUGAUAUCAGCUGUGAAGAGGCAGUUGAGAGUUAGAACAGUGUAUGAGAGUAAGCUUAUAGAAUUUGAAAAGGAUAGAAAUCUUGUUGUGUUUUGGGUAAGUUGUGAAGCAGGGACAUACAUUAGAACUCUCUGUGUGCAUGUCGGACUGUUACUCGGUGUUGGAGCUCAUAUGCAGGAGCUACGGCGAACAAGAUCAGGAAUACAGUCAGAAAAGGAUUUAGUGACCAUGCACGAUGUAUUGGAUGCACAGUAUGUGUACGACACAGCCAAAGAUGAGUCAUACUUGCGGAGAGUUAUUCGUCCACUUGAAGGACUUUUGACUAACCACAAACGACUUGUUGUGAAAGACAGCACAGUAAAUGCUAUCUGUUAUGGUGCAAAACUUAUGUUACCUGGUUUGUUACGAUAUGAAGAUGGCAUUGAAUUAAAUAGUGAAGUUGUCAUGAUGACUACGAAGGGUGAAGCUAUUGCUUUAGGAAUUGCUCUGAUGACAACAGCUGAGAUGGCAACAUGUGACCAUGGAGUUGUUGCAAAGAUUAAGCGAGUUAUAAUGGAGAGAGACACAUAUCCUAGAAAGUGGGGACUUGGUCCUGUGGCAUUGGUCAAGAAGAAAUUAAAAGCUGCAGGGAAACUGGACAAGUAUGGUCGUACAACAAGUGAAACUCCUGAUCUGUGGAAGAAAAUGUUUCCUGAGACAAGCAGGUCUGAUGUGGCUGAAGGAGGUGAAGAGGAGACAAUGCUUACUGAAACAGAAAAAAUGCCAAAGAAGCGGAAACAUGAAAACAAUGGCAGUAGUGAUGAGGAGGCUAAGCCCAAAAAGAGAAACAAGAAAGAGAAGAAACACAACAAAGAAGAGCCACAGCCUGAAGUUAAUGAAUUGGAAAGUCUUGCUAAGGAAAGCAAGAAGCGAAAGAAGCACAAAAAGAUGAAGGAAGACAAAGGCAGUGAUGACGUGCAGACCUGAGCUAAAUGCUGACGCAGUGGUCAUAGAUUGUUGUAAAUUGAGUAGUCAAUAAUCAGUGAGCUUGGAUGUUGAGAAAUCCGUACUCAGUACGAUUCUCAAAACUAAAGAAUUUUGUUUUAGACCUGGCAGGAUUUGCGACGCACUAAUAGAAUCACAAAGAAUUACUCUUUGUUUUGUGAUUUGA